AGUCCUUGUGGUCUAGAUAAAUCAGGAAAAAUGUCUCUCUAUCCAUCUCUUGAAGACUUGAAGGUAGACAAAGUAAUUCAUGCUCAGACUGCUUUUUCUGCAAACCCUGCCAACCCAGCAAUUUUGUCAGAAGCUUCUGCUCCCAUCUCUCAAGAUGGAAAUCUUUAUCCUAAACUGUAUCCGGAACUUUCUCAAUACAUGGGCCUGAGUUUAAAUGAAGAAGAAAUACAUGCAAAUCUGGUGAUGGUCUCUGGAGCACCACUUCAGGGGCAGUUGGUAGCAAGACCUUCCAGUAUGAACUAUAUGGUGGCUCCUGUAACUGGAAAUGAUGUUGGGAUUCGCAGAGCAGAAAUUAAACAAGGGAUUCAUCAAGUCAUUUUAUGUAAGGAUCAAGAUGGAAAAAUUGGACUCAGGCUUAAAUCAAUAGAUAAUGGUAUAUUUGUUCAGCUAGUCCAGGCAAAUUCUCCAGCCUCAUUGGUUGGUUUGAGAUUUGGCGACCAGGUACUCCAGAUCAAUGGUGAAAACUGUGCAGGCUGGAGCUCUGAUAAAGCUCACAAGGUGCUCAAACAGGCUUUUGGAGAGAAGAUCACAAUGACCAUUCGUGACAGGCCUUUUGAGCGGACAAUUACUAUGCAUAAGGACAGUACUGGAAACGUUGGCUUUAUCUUUAAAAAUGGGAAAGUAACAUCCAUAGUGAAAGAUAGUUCUGCAGCCAGAAAGGGUCUUCUCACGGAACAUAACAUCUGUGAGAUCAACGGCCAGAACGUCAUUGGAUUGAAGGACUCUCAAAUUGCAGACAUACUAUCAACAUCUGGGACUGUAGUUACCAUCACAAUCAUGCCUGCUUUUAUCUUUGAACAUAUUAUUAAACGGAUGGCGCCAAGCAUUAUGAAAAGCCUGAUGGAUCACACCAUCCCUGAAGUUUAACAGUUAGGACACAAUGGAAACAGCUGAGCAUCUCCAGUUUCCUUUCUCAACUACUUCUGUAUUAUGCACACGAAGCUUUCCCGGAGCCAGGGAGCAUAUGCUGCAUAAGGACCUUCCCGUCUCACGUUAUGGCUGGGAAUCUACUGGUUCAUCUGAUCUCCUCAGAUUUCACGGUCGUUGUAGUCUUAGCCUGGUUUUACAGCUGUGAAACUUUCACAAGAUUGACUGACUUUCCUAGAAUAGUUUCUCUACUGGAAACCUGAUGCUUUUCUAAGCCAUUGUGACGAGGGUGAUUGAUGCCAGCUUAGCUUUGUAUGAGAACCAGUUACCUUUCUUCUAGGUAAUGAGUAGUG